GGCGUGGUCUGAGGCUUGUCUCUUUUAUUUGCGGAAGUUUGUUUAGUGCUACUGAAACCAAAGACAGCAAUUACUCACAAGUUUUUAACAGCAAACUUUUUUUUCUGGCUCUCAAAUAAAUGGAUCUCAGCUCGGAUAAAAUUAAACGAAUUUUGUCCAAGUACAAAUUCAAUGAAGUUGCUGUUGAAGAAUUACAGAAAAUCCAUCGUAUCUACCCAGAUAUGAAACCUACCACUGGGACAUACACCUUCAAUGACAGCAGUCAGCGAGAUCUCCUGAAACUAAUUGGGAAUAUACCAGUCGAGUAUGAAGGGCGUACCUACAACUUUCCUAUUCAGCUGUGGUUAAUAGACUCCUUCCCUUUCACUCCUCCCAUUUGCUUCUUGAGACCUACCUCUAAUAUGAUUAUCCGAGAAGGAAAACAUGUGGAUGCCAAAGGACGUAUUCAUCUGCCUGGACUGCACAACUGGGAUUACCCUAAGUCAUCUGUAGUUGGUCUCUUAAAUGAAAUGAUUGCAAAGUUUGAAGAGGAUCCGCCUUUGUCUUCAAAAAACACAUCUCAGAGCAAAGAUCCACAUGAGCUUAUGGCUAUGGUCUCAAAUCUACAAAUUAAUGAUGGUGGAGUCAGAUAUCAUGACCAGCAGAACAUUAAAGUUUCAGUUAUCGGAGGUGGAGACUUGGGGAUGGCUUCGGUGCUGAGCAUUGUAUCAAAGUGUAAAGUAGCUAAACUGGUCUUCAUUGACGUUACGGAAAGUUCCACCAAGGGGGGCAGCACAGACCUCGAAAUCUUCAACGUCCCAAAGGUGGAAGUGUCCAGAGAUUUGUCCUCUUCCGCCGGCUCCAGAGUUGUGGUGGUGACUGCAAACGCCUGGAGCAGCGAGCAGUCGUACGUGAAGGUGGUUCAGACCAAUGUCGACCUGUACAGAGGAAUCAUACCAAAACUGUCACGCCUGAGCCCCAAUGCUGUCAUCCUCGUUGCCUCUCAGCCAGUGGAUAUAAUGACUCACGUUGCUUGGAGACAAAGUGGAUUUCCUCCAACGAGAGUGAUUGGCGCUGGCUGUAACUUGGACUCAGAGAGGCUCAGCCGGGUUUUAGACAUCAACCUCAACACUCACAAACAAGCCUGGGUCAUAGGAGAGCUUUCAGACAACAAAGUUCCUGUUCUGAGUAACACCAGCCUGAACUCCAGCACACGGCCAGAAAUUGCACCUGCUUCUACUGCUACCAAACCUUUAUUAGACAGAGGCUUUGAGAUGAUCAGUAAAGGUCAGCGCUCGUGGUCCGUGGGUUUGUCCAUCGCCGACAUCACGAACAGCCUUUUGACUAAUCAGAAGAAGGCCCACUCUGUGUCCACACUCGCCCAGGGUUGGGGAGGCAUUUCUUCAGAAGUCUUCCUGAGUUUGCCCUGCGUUCUGGGGGCAAAUGGAUCCACACGUCUGGCUGGAGUGUCACUGGGAGAAGAGGACGACUCCAAACUGAAGGAUAGCGUUUCCUCUCUCGUAAACCUCAUGGGUCAGAUUCAAAUAUGAUCGUAAAAGAUGCUCAGUCCAACAUCAGCUUGUUGCUUUGUGACGACACGGGGGAAACGGACAGUGGUUGGUUUAUGAACAGAACUGAAUCGAAAGGUUUUUGUCUGUGGCUUGCACUAAUGAGAUUAUUGAAAAGUCAUAAUUUAUUAACUGAGCUUUUGACCUCAUUAUAUGCCAAUAAUGUUGCAUAUUUACUGUAGAGCUUUAUUGUCGUAUGCCAAAGAAAUAACACUAACAUGGCACGUUUUGUAUAGUUUAUCUCGGGAAAUCAGAAGGAUUCAGGAUUUUUGGGCUAUGGCUGUAAUAUGGUAUAUUUAUUUAUUAUUAACAAUGUUCUUUAUAGAAACAGCUUCUCUGUUGAUACUUUGCAGUAAUAUUAGGCUGGGGGUGUCCUUAAUCUAAACGGACCUCCAUGAGAAAUGCAUGUAGCGGUUACCAUGACACAAUGCACACACAUCAACAAAUACUGUAAUUUUAUGUGUGACUAGCAGAAUAGUUGGUGUAGUUCCAACUAAACCAGCUCUUUCUGGUCAGAUGUGUUAAAAUAAAACUCAGACUAAAGUCUAAUUUUAGACAGAGCAGUGCUUCCAGUUAGCUUCAGAAAUAAUGACGGCAUCAGCUGCAAAGUAUCAAUACUGUAUGUAAAUAUGCAAGAUAAAUGCCUUAAUUAAUGGAAAUAUGCAAUGGGUACGGUAAAAUUGUAGCAGUGCAAUAAAAUAAUUAAACACUUCAGUUUUAUAGAAGAAAAAACGCAGAGAAACGUUUAAAGUCUUUAUAAACCUCACAUACAGGAGGUGGUUGUUGCAAACAUAGCGUAUGGUCUAAUCCUUCAGAACACAAAUUCACAACAAAAUAUUCAGAAUCAAAUGUAUAAACUAAACCAAUGACUUUGAACAUAAUAAAAAUGCAUCUGUAAAUCAAAAAUAAUGAGUCGUUCAGUCAAGUGCCUUAAAUGUGUCAAAGGUUACUGUAUCAAAAAAGGUCAGAACCAACAUUUAUCCUUUAAAAGACAAAUAAUUAACAGAAAUAAAUACUGUAUAUACACAAGUUA